CCCGUCUCCCCUUACCUCCUCGGCCCAGCGCCUACCUCCCCGAAUCGCGGCCGCUGGGAGCGGGGUUCGAUCCCGUGAUGCCGCGUGGGUGCUGGCCAGAGACGAGCUCCGGAGGCCGGGGCGGUCGGCGGGCGUGCGAAUGUCAUCUUUCCCAACAAGUUGUUCCCAGCAGAAUCCUCUCUCCUGGCACAAAACAAGCAGAUGAAGAGAUGAAGUUUUGCUCUCUGUCUUCAGCCUGCGCGCCGCCAUCGCCGUCAUGCUGGGCGCCGCUCUCCGCCGCUGCGCUGUGGCCGCAACCACCUGGGCCGGCCCUCGAGGCCACCUGCACUCCGCCCGGACCCCCGGCCCCGCCGCAGCUAUCCAGUCAGUUCGCUGCUAUUCCCAUGGGUCACAGGAGACAGAUGAGGAGUUUGAUGCUCGCUGGGUAACAUACUUCAACAAGCCAGAUAUAGAUGCCUGGGAAUUGCGUAAAGGGAUAAACACACUUGUUACCUAUGAUAUGGUUCCAGAGCCCAAAAUCAUUGAUGCUGCUUUGCGGGCAUGCAGACAGUUAAAUGAUUUUGCUAGUACAGUUCGUAUCCUAGAGACUGUUAAGGACAAAGCAGGACCUCAUAAGGAAAUCUACCCCUAUGUCAUCCAGGAACUUAGACCAACUUUAAAUGAACUGGGAAUCUCCACUCCGGAGGAACUGGGCCUUGACAAAGUGUAAACCCCAUGGAUGGGCUUCCCCAAGGAUUUAUUGACAUUGCUACUUGAGUGUGAACAGUUACCUGGAAAUACUGAUGAUAACAUAUUACCUUAUUUGAACAAGUUUUCCUUUAUUGAGUACCAAGCCAUGUAAUGGUAACUUGGACUUUAAUAAAAGGGAAAUGAGUUUGAA